AUGUCUGCCAGCAUCCAAGACGCGAUCAUGCUACUCGGCGACUCCCUCACCCAGGGCGGGUGGGAGGCACACGGAUUUGCCCAGCGGUUGGCUUUCGCAUACAAUCGUAAGCUGGAUGUCAUCAACCGUGGUAUGUCGGGAUAUAACACGGAAUGGAUCAUCCCCGUCUUUGAGCAGUGCUUCGCGACGCAAAACGAGCAGCAGCAUGUCCCCAAGGUUCGCCUCCUCACCAUCUGGCUCGGCGCGAACGAUGCCGCGACGGAGGGCACGCCACAGUACGUUCCGCUCCCCGCCUAUUCCGCCAACCUCGCGAAGCUCGUGCGGACGGUUACCGACUCUGCCUCUGCGCACUACUCCCCCGUAACGCGCAUCCUCCUCCUUACUCCCCCACCCGUGAACACCCACCAGUGGGCUGCGCACCGCGCGGAGCAGAACCAGACGCUCGACCGCAACUUUGAGAAAACCCGAACGUACGCCCAGGCCGUGCGCGACGUGGGCAAGCAGGUCGGCGUGCCCGUCGUCGACCUGUGGACGGCGCUCUGGGACGCAUGCGGCCACGUCGAGGAGCAGCUCAGCGAGUAUCUCUCUGAUGGGUUACACUUGACUGACCGAGGCUACGCUAUCGUGUUCGAUGAGAUCAUGAAGAGCGUCAGCGAGAACUAUCCAGAGCUGCACUAUGACAAGCUCCCGCCCGUCUUUGAGCUCUGGGACAAAAUCAACCUAGAGAACCCCCUAUCUUCCUUGUCCAAGCGAGACAUUUUCAGUAGUGCUUGA